AUGCUUCGCCGGCCAGUCUGCAGGGUUUCGCGACGGGCUGAGUGGCCUAGUUCAGCCUGCCUAGCUCCCUCUUUAACAGCGCUCACAAUUCGACGGACAUUACGAUCAUCUACGACCUGUUGGAACUCCUCCGAAUCACCAGGUGGAAACAAUGAUGGAUCUCCGGCUCCAGCACCAGCAAAACCCAAAUUCGGUAAUCGAUGGGGUCCUAAAACAACAGCUCCAAAGCCGGCCGGCUUAAGCGCCGCAGAACAAGCGAUGCGGGAUUCUCUCAUCGCCAGGACUCCGCCCCCACCUCCUCCCCCGCAAAGUAAAUUGGAACCGUCUGGUAAGCAGACAGCGGGAAAUCAGAGGUCGACUGGGUUGAGUGCGGCGGAAAAAGCAGUGCGCGAUAGAAUUGUCUCCAAUGGCCAACAGCCUUCACCUCCAGCGCAACGCAGAUGGGAUCAAUCAACCCAGCAGAGGAAACCGGACCACGGACGUUUUGGGGGUCAACGCAACAAUCAAGGCUCUGGGAACAUGAGAUUCUCAAAAGACAAUCCAUGGAAUCAAAGAAAACCAACCCAAGAACCGAAUCCUUUCCUGGAUAGUCAGCCACAAGACAACUACUCUGGAUACCUGGGCAGGCCUUCUACGAGAUCUGCUAACAGGAACCAGCCCAGGUCCAAAGGUUGGGAUUGCCCUGACUGCCAGGCGAAUGUCUUCUCACAUAGAGAUACGUGUCCAUUUUGCAAAGCACCUCGACCGGAGGAAUCUCGCCCUACUUUGCGAACAGCCUCACAGUAUCAUAAUUCGCGUGAAUUCUUACUCAAAUACAAACCACCGCCUGCCGAAGAUACUAGCAAGUUCCAGGAAUUGGGCAAGUCGGUUUUAUCUGAGAUGGACCAAGAAAAUCGAUCUGAAAAAGAUGAUACCACCACUGAGGAAAGCACCCCAGAAGAGGUCAAUCCAGAGGAGUCGGAAAGCAGUAACUCUGCCUCCGAGAAAAAAGCAAAAAAGCAGAAGGAUCCGUGGUCCUGGGAUGAGUCUGCGUUAGCACAUCUAGAAAGCCUAGAGGCCCAAGAGCAGCAGCAGCAGCAAACCAAUAAACCUAUGAAGCGCCGUGAUGGCCGCAAGGGACGCCAAACGGACUCCGAUGGUAGCGAUUUCGACCCGGAGGCGCGCGAGCGUCUUCGUCAGGACCGCAGGCGCCAACAGAAAGAAAAGGCCGACAGAAAGGCCGCGAAGAAGGCUGAAGUGGCCCCUCCCGCUCCUCUCUACUUACCGGAGUUCAUCAGUGUUGGCAAUUUGGCGGAUGUGAUUGGUGUUCGACCAGCGCAUUUCGUAGCACGCAUGGAAGAGAUGGGCUUUGAGGAUAUUACACACAGAGAUGUUCUUGACGCAGAGACUGCCGGACUGGUGGUAGCUGAGUACAACUUUGAGGCCAUCUUUGACACCGGUGCUGAGGAUCUUGAGGCUGCCCCUGAGCCAGAGGAUACCUCUAAUCUGCCAACUCGACCCCCUGUGGUGACUAUCAUGGGCCAUGUUGAUCAUGGAAAAACUACCAUAUUGGAUUGGCUGCGCAAAUCUUCCGUGGCGGCAUCUGAACACGGUGGUAUCACUCAACAUAUUGGUGCUUUCUCAGUGAACAUGCCUGGCGGAAAGGCUAUCACCUUCCUGGACACACCCGGUCACUCUGCAUUCUUGGAAAUGCGUCGCCGUGGUGCCGAUGUGACGGAUAUUGUGGUGUUGGUUGUUGCUGCAGACGACAGUGUCAAGCCACAAACUAUCGAGGCUAUCAAGCACGCCACUUCAGCCAAUGUCCCUGUCAUUGUCGCCAUGAGCAAAAUCGACAAGGAGGGUAUAAACACCGACAGAGUUAAGAGCGAUCUUUCUGCCCAUGGUAUCCACGUCGAGGACUAUGGCGGUGACGUUCAAGCCAUCGGAGUCAGCGGCAAAACCGGAGAAGGAAUGGUCGAACUGGAAGAAGCCAUCGUUGCACUUUCAGAAAUGCUCGACCACCGCGCAGACACUGCCUGUAACGUCGAAGGAUGGGUCAUCGAAGCUUCGACUAAAAGUUACGGCCGUGUGGCAUCCGCUCUGAUUCGACGUGGAACACUCCGCCCUGGUGACAUCAUUGUCGCUGGUACCGCCUGGGCUCGUGUCCGAACGCUCCGUAACGAAGCCGGCGUGGCCAUCGACGAAGCCACACCCGGAAUGCCUGUGGAGAUCGAUGGUUGGAGAGAACAGCCAGGUGCCGGCACCGAGAUCCUGCAGGCCCCAACUGAGCAGAAAGCCAAGGAUGUCAUCGACUACCGAAUCGAGAAGUAUGAUACCCAGAAGAUGGGUAUCGAUAUGGUUGCCAUCAACGAGGCCCGACGGGAGCUCAGCGAAAAGCGCAGGCUUGAGAAGGAAGACGAAGAAGCAGCAAAGCAGCGCACUGAGCCUACAGGUCCCAAACCAGUCAACUUCAUUCUGAAGGGUGACGUGGAUGGCUCCGUGGAAGCUGUGCUCAACUCCAUCACUGCCAUUGGAAAUGGCGAGGUAUUUGCUAACAUCAUUCGCUCAGGCGUUGGCCCCGUCAGUGAAUUUGAUGUGGAACACGCUGCGACUGCGAAGGGCAUGGUCAUCUCAUUCAACCAGAAUGUUGAUCCCAAUAUCUCGCGGAUGGCCGAAAUCGAGGGUGUUCAAAUCUUGAACCAUAACGUCAUUUACAAACUCAUCGACGAAGUCAAGGCCCUUCUUAGCGAACACCUUACUCCAAACGUCAUCACGCGCGUCACUGGUGAAGCUGUGAUCCAAGAAAUCUUCAAGAUCAAACUCAAGAGACGCGAACAGCUUCCAAUUGCUGGAAGUCGUGUGCGUAACGGUAUGAUUAACAAAACGCAUCUCGUCAGGGUUCUCCGCGGGGAUGAGCAAAUCUAUGAAGGUACUAUCUCUUCCUUGAAGCACGUCAAGAAGGACGUCACCGAAAUGCGCAAAGACACAGAGUGCGGUAUCGCAUUCGAGAACUGGUCCGACUUCCAACCGGGUGACCACGUCCAGUGCUUUGAGCGGUCUUACGAGAAGCGCUAUCUGUGA